CACUGCAGCUCGGCGCCGACUCUCCGGCCCCGGCGAGGUGGCUGCAAACUCUCGGGCACGCACGGCGCUCGGGAAUCCGGACUCGGGGGAGGGGACGCGCACGGAAGGCGCCAGCUUCCUCCCGCCCGCCCCUCGCAGCCGCGAGCCGAGGUCGGAGGAACCCGGAGCCCCAGCCCGGCAGAGCUGAGCGGCGGCGGCGGCUUCCCUUUUCUCCCCCAGCGAGCCCUGAAGCGCCUCGGGGACCGGCCCUAAAAAGAGCAGGAAAUCUUGUUUACCGCCCAAGGAGCACAGCCGAUCGAGCCUUUGUCUGGAAAGUCAGCAUCUCUGGCUCCGUCAGCAAUGUGUGCCUGGUGACAUUAGCCUUGGGCAGACCGGCCGGAAAAGGGGGGUCGCCAGGUUCAGAUCUGGUUUCAGAGGCGGAUCGAGCGGGUGACUUUUGUGCAUUCGUUUUAAUUUUUGGAAAUCUCUCUUAUUUUUCCUCCCUCGCCCGCUGCCGGGCAUGUCCUGAUCUGGCGCCCGCUACUACUGCCCCGGGCUGCCGAUCAGAGCGGUUUCCAGUGGGUCUCCCUCCCUCCCUGGCUGACUUUGCAACACCGCGUUCCAGGCGGAUCGACCUCGGCGAGGAAGGAGGCGGGGGAGCCGCGAACACCAGGACCCAAGCCUUGACAUGCUCUCGGGCGGAGAGGAGGAAGCCAGGACCUGAGCGCACCGCCGGGGCUAAUUCGCCGCCCGGGUCCGAGCACGGGGCUCCGGGCGCUUUGCCCUGAGCCUGGGCGGCAGCCUUGUUGGUCUGGGGGAGCCCCCCUCUUCCCGCCUCGGGGGUCCGCGGCCGGCAGGACCAUGCUGCUGAAGGAGUACCGGAUCUGCAUGCCGCUCACCGUAGCCGAGUACAAAAUUGGACAGCUGUACAUGAUCAGCAAGCACAGCCACGAACAGAGCGACCGAGGAGAAGGGGUGGAGGUCGUCCAGAACGAGCCCUUCGAGGACCCUCACCAUGGGAACGGGCAGUUCACGGAGAAACGCGUGUAUCUCAACAGCAAACUGCCUAGUUGGGCUAGAGCUGUUGUUCCCAAGAUAUUUUAUGUUACAGAGAAGGCGUGGAACUAUUAUCCCUACACGAUUACAGAAUACACAUGUUCCUUUCUGCCAAAAUUCUCCAUUCAUAUAGAAACCAAGUAUGAGGACAACAAAGGAAGCAACAACAGCAUUUUUGACAAUGAAGCCAAAGAUCUGGAGAGAGAAGUGUGCUUUAUCGAUAUUGCCUGCGAUGAAAUUCCAGAACGUUACUACAAAGAAUCUGAGGAUCCUAAACACUUCAAGUCAGAGAAGACAGGACGAGGCCAGUUAAGGGAAGGCUGGAGAGAUAGUCAUCAGCCCAUCAUGUGUUCCUACAAGCUGGUGACCGUGAAGUUCGAGGUCUGGGGGCUUCAGACCAGAGUGGAACAAUUUGUACACAAGGUGGUCCGAGAUAUUCUUCUGAUUGGACAUAGACAGGCUUUUGCAUGGGUUGAUGAGUGGUAUGAUAUGACAAUGGAUGAUGUUCGGGAAUACGAGAAAAACAUGCAUGAACAAACCAACAUAAAAGUUUGCAAUCAGCAUUCCUCCACUGUGGAUGACAUAGAGAGCCAGGCCCAAACAAGUACAUGACAAUGGAUGAAGUCCGAGAAUUUGAACGAGCCACUCAGGAAGCCACCAACAAGAAAAUUGGCGUUUUCCCCCCUGCCGUUUCUAUCUCCAGCAUUCCCCUGCUGCCGUCCUCAGUCCGCAGCGCCCCUUC